UUUUCAGGGUAUUUAUUUGAGAAGGUACUAUGGCCUAUACUUGAUAGCGUCUUCUUUAGAAACUAAAGCAGAGGCAACAUCAAGCAGUAAAGCAAAGCUUGAGGAAUUUGGUUCAGAGAAAGCCAUCCACUCAUCGAAGGACCAAUUAUUAUCAAUGGCCGCCCAUCAAUCAUUUCAUUCAUCUCCGUUCGAAUGGAUUAUUUGCGAUGAUCCAAUCAGGCAUACUCGGAUUUUUGUGAUUCAGGGCCCAGACUCCUUGACAUCUUGGUGGCGAGUCCUCUUCUUUCAUCCAACUAAAUUUGAGGGGAAACUAGACGUGUUUGUUCACAAAGGAAUGUAUGAAGCCGCAAAGGUUAUAUAUGAAAAAGUGAUCCCACACGCUGUGGACUUUUUACAAACACACGGUGAGCAUGCUAGGUUUCAAUUCACCGGUCAUUCACUAGGCGGAAGCAUUGCUGUACUCGUUAGCUUGAUGCUGUUAAUCAGGAAUGUGGUGAGAUGUUCGAUGGUUGAGCCCGUUGUGACCUUUGGGUCACCAUUUGUGUUAUGUGGAGGCCGAAAGUUACUUGAUGCCCAGAUUUACAAUGUCAUAAUGCAUCGAGACAUUGUCCCUAGAGGCUUCUCCUGCAAUAUUCCUGGUUUUCUUAUCUCAAUUCUCAAGCUUUUCAAGCGUUCCUUACAUUCACACCCUUGUCUAAAUGAGAAUAAAUUUAUGUACUCUCCACUAGGAGAACUGUUGAUUCUCCAACCAAAUGCAAAAUCAUCACCUGGGCAUCCAUUGCUUCCUCCUGGGACUGCUUUUUAUGCUUUAGACACCACCGGAUGUAAAGACACUUCCAAUGCUGCCAUCAAUGGCUUCCUUAAUUCUCCUCACCCACUUCAAACUCUAUUUGAUGGAAAAGCCUAUGGCGACGAUGGAACUGUAUCAUUGAAUCAUGACUCCAGCAGCUAUUUAAAAGCCAUUAAAGGGGUUUUAAGGCUCCAUAUAAGGGCCACGAUUGUCCCAAAGCUAAGAGAAAAGAAAAGCUUGUUAUGGCCAUUGCUUGUGUCACCAUCUCCGAAUUCAUGGCAGCAUGAAAGAAAUCCAAAACCAGCAAAUUAGGUUUUAUGAUAUUAAAAUACUAGCUAGAGUUGGUAUUAAUAUAUAAAUGUUUACUUUAUUUUCAUCCGGUUAUAUUUUAUAUUUUAUAUACUAGAUUACUCAUG